GAAGCCGCGCCAGCGAGGGGGGAGGGCGCCGUAAUGAAUGGUCUAUAUUACGGCGCGCGGACGCAAGGGAAGCCAGUUUGUUUCUAGAAGUAAACAAAUACACACCUUCCCAGAGGACAUCCUAGUUAGACCCCCGGCUUCAAGCCAAGAAAUGGAAACGUUAAAUAUAAAACCGUUAAGUAAGGAACAGUGGUCUCCAGAGACGCCGAACGGCUUGGAGGCCACUGAGCUCGAAGGGCCGCCCGCGCCGGCCGACAUGGCAUCUACUUCGAGCGAAGAGCGGGCCAUGCGCCGCGUCGUUGGCCGCUGGGGAGCCGAGUGGUUGAGCUGACUCGGCUCGGUACAGAAACCCCCCGGCCUACAAUGGCCGGCCGACCACCCCCUGCCGCCCCCGCGGUGGGGGGCCCCUCGCCCGGCUCUGCACCUCUCCCUGCAGCAGUACGAGGACUUGGUCGCUAAAGCCGAGGCGCUGUUGAGCCGACUCGUUGUUAAUGAAAACUACGACUCUGUCAACAACUUCCUGACACUCUUCGAUACGUACAUGGCUGCGCCUGAUGAUAAUCUACUUGAGUUUUACCAGAAAUACAACCCGCCAAUACGCCCGCACAAGAACACCUGCGUGGGCUUGGGUAUGGAAGUCAUGAAGAAGCUCAAAGUGUUGGAGAACGAUUUCCCGGGUAUAACUAAAUCGAUGAUGCUCGUAUCUUGCGAUGAGAAUAUACAAGAUCUGAACGACUACGCUACGUCCUGUCCUGGGCCUCAAGGGUUUUUAAUUGAGACAGAGAAGGACCAUGUUAUGGUCGCGAUCCACGUGAAGAUUGGGGACAGACCUGGCGUGUUCCUGUCGGACUUGGGGUACCACAUCGCCCGCGUUGUCACCGUGAUGGCGGAUCGCUGCUACCCACAUACUGGUUGGUUUACCCAGUCCGAUCAGCCCCAUUGCCGAAAAGAGUACAACUAUCAGUUCAACCUUCACAACAGUAAUUACGUGGAGUGGCAUGAGAGGGAGACCAGGGGGAAAGUGGUGAAGGAGCGCCUAUCUCUGGUGUACGUGGCCAAAGCUUAUCUGUCAGCUGUCAGCGUAACGGAGAAGAGGAAUCUUGUGUGGGAUUUGAGGAGUUUACUUGCGAGAGAUCCCAAGGGCAACUUGACUGCAGGAAUCUACUUCCCUCUUAAACCUAAGACUCAGGAGUUCACCAUCUUCUUCGACAGCAAUUCCGGCAAACAGAGGAAGAAACUCAAGUUUGAAACUUUCUUAGUUCUUCAAAAGAUUCCUGAUGCAGUAGUGGAUGAAGUGGAACAGUGCAAUGACCAGUUACAUCUCAAGGAUGGCGAACUGCUGUCCAUCCUCAAGAGACUAGCCCACAUCAUGGCCGACGAAGAGUACAUGGCUGAACUCCUUGACGUCAAUGCAAAAAUUGUGCAGCUUUCUGCUGGAAACUAGAUCACCUGAUUCCAGUAUUAAAUGAUGUUCCUGGCGGUAGAAUAUUAGUUGGUUGUAAAUUUUUUGAAGUAAUUGUGCGAUUUUUAAGAAUCAGAUUUGGUAUUUUAGACACAAUUACACAGAAACAAGUACACAGAAUUGAAAUGGAUACUCCUGCCAAAGUUGUCAAAUCAAAAUAGAAGACCAACAACUUGUUUUAUGUCAGACUGGCAGCCGAACAACAACUAUGGAUUUUUAAAGCACGUUAGUAACUUGCUACUGUAGUUGAUGCAUAAACCAACAAUUGUGAACCUAUCGGAAAUUAAAGAGGAAGACUUUAUCCACAUUUUUGAAGACAGUACUUGUAGAAGCGCCAUCAACAAUACUAUGAAUGAAGUCAGGAAGAUUAAUAUUUUUAACUUAUUUUAUAGAUCAUUAGUCAAUUUGAUUAUUUCUUGGGGAUUUAUUAUCAUAACGUAUGUCAACAGUAUUCCAUUCUCAUUAAAUUCUCAAUUAUUUUGAUUGUCAUCUUUACUCAGUAUUUCAUUAUCGUUACUUUCUCAUGCAUGUUUAUUAUUGUAUCUUACAUGGGUUUUAAUUCUAUCAUUUUUUAUGUAGAGUAGUCGUUUGUAGUCAUAAUGAAACUGAAACGAGGUAUCGGCUCAGCGGGUAAAUAAACAUAAAAAUAUAUGUA